AUGGGAUUUUGUUCAAAUUAUGAAGUUGGGACUUACAAAAAGACUGACAUGACUUGUGAAAGUUGUAAUUUUGCAACUGAGAACUGCAAUGCGUGUUCACCAAUUUCUGUUGGUGUUUCCAAUUGCACCACUUGUAUGGCCAACCAUGUAUUGAAUAGUGGAAAGUGUCAAUUGUAUCCAAGUGGGAAGUAUUACAAUCAAAAUUCGAAGAGCUGUCAAAGUAAUGAUGUAAACUGUCAAAUUCAAGUCGAUGAGUCAAAAUGUCUUCUAUGUAACAGCAACUGUUUUUUGGCGAAUGGGGGUUGCCAACAAACAACUCGAUGUCAAAACCCUUCCAACACCACAAUGUCUUCGUGUGAUUUGAGAAAUGAUAUUAUUUACAAGUGUGGAGAUAGUGUGUAUCUCAACAUCUCAAACGAAUGUGUCGGCUGUGUUUCUCUCCCGGUUUGCCAAUUAUCAAAGACCAGAAUAAUACCAUUACAAUGUCAAACCAAUUAUAUAUUUGACACGACAACAAACCAAUGUGUUACAGAUGAUAAUUGCCACACAGUAAAAUAUAGGUUUUGCACCAAAUGCACAUCUUGUUUAAAUUACAUAUCACAAGGAAGGUGCUCAAAAUGUCAAACCACCAACUGUGGUCUCUGUGACAGAAGUACCUGUAUGAAGUGUUUGGACGGCUUUGUGAAAUACACUGACACUUGGUGUGUAUCAAAGAGUGUUAUAUCAACAUGCAAAACAUUUAGUUCAGGUGGAUGUGUUGUUUGUAGUGAGGGGUAUUACCAGACAGACGCAGAGAAUGUAGAGAAAAAGUAUGAUUACCGUGUUCCAAUAGAAUCCACAACAGUCACAAAUUGCAACAGAUACGGUGCACAGAAUACCAAAUGUGUAGAGUGUCUUGAUGCAUUCAAAUUGAAAGGUGGAAUUUGUGCUGAGACAUUUGAUGAAAACAACAAACUCAAAACAGACACAAAAACAGCAACAGAGACAUCCUGUCAAAUAAGAAACAACAAAAAAUGCCAACACUGCGCUGAUGGUAUUACAACAUCAACAACGAGUAGUUGUAAGAUUGCACUGCCUGGUGGAAGCGGAUGUGCGAUCUGUAAUAGUAUGUAUUAUCGAGAGGGUAUCAGCUGUACGCCAUGUGAUGAGUCGUGUGCACUUUGUGUGAACAGUUACGAGUGUCUUGCAUGCAAAGACGGCUAUUUCAACAUCCCAAGCGAAGGCAAAUUGUGUGAAUCAAAUACAACGCUUGCAAAUUGUGAGCUGUCAUCGUCAUCUGGAUGUGAGAGGUGUGUGUCUGGUCAUUUCUUAUCAAAUUACAAGUGUUAUGAAUGUUCUCCAAAUUGCACAUCAUGUGAGAGUGAAAGUGUGUGUACAAUAUGUAACGAUUUGGAAAAUAUGUUGGUUGACUCGCAAUGCCUUCAUUUCACAAAAGUUGAAUUAUGUGUGUCAGCUUUAAAUUCAAAGUGUGUAAAGUGUGAGGGUCGACGAGAACUUACAGACUCCGGUGACAGUUGCACAAAGUUGGUCAAUCUUGGUGUUGUGAUUGGCAUCCCAAUUACUGUUUUAAUACUUUUUGUACUCUUCAUAACAAUGAACAUUUUGUUAAUCAUUAUUUUUCUUAACAAACGCCAAGUGGAAAAGAUGAAAAAUGUCCGUGUUUUUGAUAUUAAGAAAUCGAACAUAACAAUGAAUCCACUCGACAAAGUGUCGUGUUCCAAUAAGAAAGUAUUAAAAAUUGACAUGGAUUCAGACGCUCUUAUUCCAAUGGAUGAAGAAUCGUGCGACUUGAUAUGUAUUGGAAACCUCACCAAACACCAUUUAAAAGUGUAA